AGGUGAGAACACAAAUAACUCACAUUCGCAAUCAGGCAGUCCGACACCUACGACAUGAACUGGGCUACAAUAAUAAUUGCAAUUAUCCUGCUGCUGCCAGCCAGCCAGCAGCAAAGCUUCGGAGGUCUGCCACGCAAAGUGCUGUCCUACAAUCCCACAUACGACUUCUGGUUUUUCGUGCCCUCUGGCAGACCCAAGGUGGUUACUCAGAAUGUACAGAAUGCUUACUGGGCUGCCCGGACGAAAGGAGGUGUUUGCUACACAGAUCUGUGGUUCUACUGCCUCACUGGCAUAGAAAUAGAGGAGUAAAUAUCUGCAAUAAAAUGAGCCCAAAGGUUCAUUAAAAACUAAAAAAUAAAUAAGCUGAAGUAUACACGAAAACUCAA